AUGGAGUCCCUGAUGAUCAUUAUGAUGAGUAUCUACGGAUUGCUGAAACAACUGUCAUCCAAUGUUUAUAUCAACUUUUGUCGAUGUGUAAUUGAAGUGUUCGGGGCCCAAUAUUUAAGAAGACCUAAUACUGCUGAUAUCCAACACUUCCUUGAAAUGCAUGAGCAGAGACAUGGUUUCCCUGGUAUGUUGGGCAGUCUUGAUUGUAUGCAUUGGCAAUGGAAAAAUUGCCCCGUAACUUGGAAAGGCCAGUUUACUCGAGGAGAUCAUGGUGUCCCGACAAUUGUGCUCGAAGUCGUUGCAUCUUCGGACUUAUGGAUAUGGCAUGCCUUUUUUGGGAUUGCAGGAUCACGUAAUGAUAUCAAUGUGCUUAACGAAUCGACGUUAUUCAACGACGUGUUACAAGGGAAUGCACCCGAGGUUAAUUUUACGAUUAAUAAUACACAAUAUACAAAAGGAUAUUAUCUUACCGAUAGGAUCUAUCCAGAAUGGGCUACUUUCGUCAAGAGCUUUCCAUGCCCCCAGGAUCCCAAGAGAAAAAUAUUUAAGGAACGACAGGAGGUCGCGAGAAAGGAUGUCGAGAGGGUAUUUGGGGUGCUCCAAUCACGAUGGGCAAUGAUAAGAGGUCCAGGACGAUUUUGGUACAAGGAUAAUUUGCAAGACAUCAUGUAUACCUGUAUUAUUUUGCACAACAUGAUUAUUGAGAAUGAGGGAGAUGCAGUAGUCAAUUGGUCGGACGAUGAAGGAGAUCCUCAAUCACAAAUAUUCUAA